CAUUAAAGACCAGUCUGUGUCCCCCCCUCUCUCUCUUUCUCUUCUUUCUCCCUUCCUUGCUUUCUCUACUUAAAGAAGCAAGCAUCAUUUUUCUUUCUUAGUUUUUUUUUUCCUUGCAGUUAAGAGAAAUAAUUAUUUGUUUUGGAUUGGAGGAAAGCUCUAUAAGUUGGCGAUGGAGAGAGAUUUUCUGGGUCUGGGUUCGAAAAACAAUCCUGUUACUAUCAAAGAAGAGGCCACCGAUACUCCUCUUAAGGAUUCUGGUGCAACCAACUUCUGUACUAAAAUAAUUACAAAUGUAACAUGGGGCACGAGCCCAUGCCCUUGAGAAAUUUGGAGGCUUUAUUGUUUAUUACUACGAAUCCAAGCUUCUAAGAUCAUCAGUUGUUCUUUUCAGUCUUUUUUGGAAGUGCCCAUGAGAGGUUCAGGGAUGCAGUGGUCUUUUUCAAACAAGGUUUCUGCCAUUCCUCAAUUCUUGUCGUUCAAGUCUUCCAUGGAAGAUAAACCAAGAAAGGCUGUUCAUGAUCCCAUGGCAUCAUCAUCCUCUGGCUAUAUGUCAAUUUCAACUGCUGAUGCUUUUGAUUCUAACCAGAAAUCAUACUCUGCCUUGAUUCAGAAAAAUAUGGUUCUUGAUAAACAAGCUGGAAACCACUAUGCUAUGACAACCUAUGGUAAACAGCAUUUCGAUGCCUAUUUUGUUAAUCGCCCACAGGAUAUGAGGAUGUUCCCAAUCUCCAGCCAACAAAAUCAAACAAUCAACGAUUCUAAGAGCUCCCCCAUUCUGCAGUCCUUUUUUCCUCCCACUGGACACAACAUGAUUACUACUAAUUCAUUAGUCUCAAAACCUGUUGGGGGAGUUCCAGUCAUAACCCCUGCUUCUGCUCUUCCUACCCCGAGUUCCAUCAUUGGCACCACUGAUCUUAGGGAUGGUGCUAAAUCCUCUGGAGCACCUGCUCAGUUGACCAUAUUCUACGCUGGUUCAGUGAGUGUUUAUGAUGAUGUUUCUCCUGAGAAGGCACAGGCCAUUAUGCUUUUGGCUGGAAAUGGUGGCCCUUCUGGGAUUCAGAAUAAGCCAAUCUCCACGCCCCAAGCACAGGCACAAGCACCAAUUCCUGGACCACCUGUAGGUGAUAUAUUUAAUGGGAACAAAAUCAACACUACAGCUCCAUGCUCCGGCAUGCCAAGCCCUAUUUCUGUGACCUCUAGUAGCACCAAUGAUUUAGCAAUAGUUAAGCCAGUAGUAACUUUAGCACCUUCUGUUAAACAAUUAGAGCCCUCCAAGCCAGUUAGUUCAGUAGGACCUACUUCUGCCACUCUAGUUCCAGCAGCAGUGGCUGUACCUCAGGCUCGUAAAGCAUCGUUGGCUCGGUUUUUGGAGAAGCGCAAGGAAAGGGUGAUGCAAACAUCGCCUUAUAAUGGAAGCAAGAAGUCUCCCGAGGGUGGUGCCCAUAGAUUUGAUGGUACCAGUUUAUCUAUGAGCACCUCUAGCUCUUCCCCCCUCCCAGCCAGCAAUUAGCAGUAAAAGGAGGGGAGUCCAGCUGAAGGGAUCGAAACAGAUUCUACAGUUUUUCAUAUAAAAAAGAGUGAUCUUCUUCAACGUCUAUUUUUUGUUAUAAACUGUAAGCUCGAUUCUUUUAAGGUGAUAGAUUUCAUUACUUUAGAUAUAUGGUUCUUUUUAUUAUUAGCAAUUUGGUAAAUUUUGUUUAUGACCGGAAUCUCUCAAUCCGACAACACUCUAGACUACAUGUAACUUGUAUUAGCUUCCACUAUGCUGUAAAAGUUAUCUUUCUCAUUGUGGAAGAUAUUUCUAUUUCCUUCUUC